AUGUUUGCCUGUGCGCGAUGUCACGCGAAGAAAAUCAAGUGCAACGGCCCGCCUAAUUGCCGAAAUUGCGUCAAGGCUCAAUCACCCUGUCAGCCACACAUACGCUUCAAAGCAGCUGAUGCCUACAAACAGAAUUCACGACGACUCGCAUGGAUCGAGGCCGAAUUGACUACCCUGUUCAACGUAGACUGCGCUUCGAUACCCACUGGCACCUCACUAGCGCCCAUUCUUGAAAAGGUCGUCAGAGCCUCGGCAGCUGGUUCCCAAGUUGUCGAUGACAAUGAUAGAGCCCCGGAAAGUUCAUACUCUAGACCGACAAAUAUAGCCACCCCCGUCUUGGUGAGCACAGACGCUACUGACAUUGGUUUGCUCGCUCUCAAUGCUACGGGUGAGCUCCGGUAUCUUGGUCCAUCUUCCGGCUCCUUCUUCUUCAAUAUUGCCACCUCUUUAGCGAGGAUAAGUGGUCCGAGCAGCUCGCUCGAUCCAAACGAGGAUGGUCGCGAUCCACCGCUGGUGCUUCCUGAUAGGCAAGAAGAGUCACAAGAUCUACUCAGGGCAACACUCCCUCCAGACACUAUCAAACUCCUUAUCAGUUCGUACAAACUAUGGAUACAACCUCUUUACCCAUUGUUGAAUGACGAUGACCUCAAUCAAAUAGAAUCAGGAUACAGCAAACAAGACGCAAGCGUCCUGCCUCAUUCUCCCGAAGUAAAGCACGAGCUCAUCAGCUUCUACUUGGUCAUGAAUUUGGGAGCUAUCAACGCCUCCAAUACCGUAAAGCAAUUGCGCAUAUCCUUACCACCAAAUCAUCGGGUGCCGUCAGCCACUUCGCUCUACGAGCGGGCGAUGGCUUUAUUAGAAGGCAGCAGAAGUACAUUCCGGCCCAGUCUCUCACUGAUAAGGAUCGUUCUUUUGAUUUGCAUCACCGCUUCCUACCGAGCGACUGGUUACACUCAAUGGCAAUUGACCGGACUAGCUAUGCGGAUGGCGAUCGAGAUUGGUUUGCACAGCUCACAUCACAAGGAGCGUAUAACUGCCGAUCAGCUUGAUCGGAAGUCCCGCGUAUUCUGGACUGCGUACCUAAUUGAAAUCAGCCUAGCCUAUAGUCUCGGAAGACCUCCAAGUAUAGGCGACACCCACAUUUCAGUAGGGCUUCCAAUGUGUACUGAAGAUCUUCAAUUUGCUUUGCAUCACCUGACGCAUCGAAGAAUCCAGAGCAAGAUCAUUAGCUCGGUAUAUGCAACGAAUGCAACAUGCUUAAAAUCAUCGGAGGAUACAGUCAAGCUCAUCAGCGAAUUGCAGGUCGAGCUCGAUGAGUGGAAAAAGCAACUUGAAGAUUUAUGUGAAAGCAGGACAAGUCUGGCGUCCCCCAUCAGCUACUGGACAAGAUUACAUGGUGGCACCUCGUCGGUCUUGCACCGACCUAGCCCCCUUUGCCCCAAACCUUCCGUCGCGUCGGCCAUCCAUUGCAUUAGUUCCGCAGGCGCAUAUAUUGAGAGCCUCUUGCACUCUCUUAGAUCCAGCCAGACUCCCCUUACUUGGAUGAGUGUUCAAGGCGCGCUGCUAGCUGGAGUAACGAUGGUCUUCGUAACCCGCGUGUACUCAGCGCAGAUCAUCGAAAAAGCCGGAACAAAAUUUGUGCUGGUCGACUUCCCCAUGUGGACCCGCAAAUGUUCUAUGUGCAUGGCUAUAAUUGAAGAGCGAUGGAAGGAUGACCAGGUGGCCAAUUUGGAUGCGCACUUUGAAACACUCGCGAAUGAAACAGUGGAACGAAUUGCUUUGGCCUUCACUGGCGCUAAUACCAAAUCGACUGACGAACUAGCGGAUGGACCUGAUGCCGAGGGGUCGGACCUGUCACAACUACAAGUUACAGAAACUCCAACAAUUCUUCGCCCAGAUAGUGAUACAACCAUGCCCCAGUUGCCAACGAAUGCUGUGGAAGACGUCUUUCCUUGGACAAGGGAUACUGGAACUAUUUUGGCCCCGUCACCAAACUUCAGCUCCAUGUCGUUCCUUGACGAGCUUUCAGAUUUGGAAAACGGGCAAGCAUUUUGGGAUAUGUUUUUAGGUCAAUCUGGUUUCGACGUACUAGAUACCUUUGGGAACAAUCAAAGCUGA